GAUCCGUUCGAAGGCGUGGAGGGCGGGGACGGCAUCUGGGCCCGGCCAUAGAAGGAGAUAACGUGGCAGAAGAGGGCCUCCUUGGGGGUGAACCGGGUCUCGACGCUCAUCUGGUGGAGAACGUCCUCCAUCUCGGCGAACAUCCGCGCCCUGCCGAGCUUGCAGAUGAUGAGGUCGUAGGACCGGGCACUGUAACGGAACGGCUUCGGGGGCGUCGCGGGCGCGGUGGCCCUAGGGUUCCGGAAGAGCUCGAGGGCAAGGCUAGGAUUUUUCUCGAGGCGGAGAAGGGAGGAGAGGCGGAAAGGAGAGAUCUUGCUGGCUUUCUCCAUGCCGUGGGAGAAGUCUCAGCAACGGAGAGAGGAACAAGGCGCGGGAAGAGAGACGGCAAGGAUUUGGCGUCUGGUGUUCCGGAUGAACUUUUUGCAGGAUGCACUGUCCGUUUGAUAGAGAGGAUUUUGCUCUUCUUGGAAAUGGGGUACUGCUUCACUCCUGCUAGUCUUUCUUCACGGUCUUCUACCGCUGCUCCACUCCAUCCUCAGGGGUUUUGUUCAUCAUAUACUCGUAAAAGUCAUUCCAGCACAUUGCAUCUAAAGGUGCUAUCCCUUCGAUCUAAAGAAUUUAUCCAACUUACCCAUAUACUGGAUCAGUACAAAGGAGCCUCACGCUUUGUAUAUUCAAGAUCAUCAAAGGGGACCAUAUUUGCUAAGUCUGGUCGACAAGCUUGGGAUUUUGGUAGAUUUUUGAGAACAUUGUAUUUCUUUAAUGGGCCCCCAAAUCCUGUCGAGUUAGUCAGGUCUCUGAUUGGAAAACUGUCAAGCCCAACCUCCAGUGAACCAUUAAAGGAGAUGAAAACAUCUGGUAUAGUCCUGGUAACUGGGGCCACUGGUGGUGUUGGGCGAAGAGUAGUUGACAUCUUACGCAAGAAAGGGAUACCUGUUCGAGUACUGGUUAGAAAUAAAGAGAAGGCAAGAACCAUGUUCGGACCAGAUGUGGACUUGAUCGUUGCAGACAUUACAAAGGAGGAUACAUUAGCUCCUGAAUAUUUCAAAGGAGUGAGGCGAGUCAUAAAUGCGGUUUCUGUUAUCGUAGGUCCAAAGGAAGGGGAUACUCCUGACAGGGCAAAGUAUAGCCAAGGAAUUAAAUUCUUCGAACCUGAGAUAAAGGGAGAUUCACCUGAAAAGGUAGAGUACAUUGGAAUUCAAAAUCUGAUCAGUGCCAUAAAGAAUAGUGUUGGACUACAAGAUGGAAAACUGUUAUUUGGAUUCAGAGGCAAUUUAUCAGGGAAGCUUGUGUGGGGUGCCUUAGAUGAUGUUGUCAUGGGAGGUGUUAGUGAAAGUAUGUUUCAGGUUGACGCUACUGGUAACGAAUAUGGUGGACCAAGUGGGUUGUUCAAAGGAGUUGUUUCUACUGCAAACAAUGGUGGCUUUACCAGUAUUAGGACAAAAAAUUUUUCUGUACCUGAGGAUCUUUCAGCAUAUGAUGGUAUUGAACUUAGAGUUAAAGGUGAUGGACGUCGUUACAAGCUUAUUUUACGCACUAGCGCUGAUUGGGAUACUGUAGGAUACACUGCUAGCUUUGAUACUGUAAAGGACCAGUGGCAUACAAUAAAGAUACCUUUUUCGUCUUUGAGGCCUGUAUUUCGAGCUCGAACUAUGGUUAAUGCUCCACCCUUUGAUCCAAGCAACAUCAUUUCACUGCAGCUUAUGUACAGCAAGUUUGAAUAUGAUGGCAAGCUCAACCCAACAUUUGUGGAAGGCCCAUUUCAGCUUCCAUUUUCAAGCAUGCGAGCAUACAUAAAUGAGCCAAUCACUCCCAGGUUUGUACAUGUGAGUUCUGCAGGAGUUACCCGGCCUGACAGGCCUGGGCUUGAUUUAAGCAGACAACCUCCUGCAGUGCGCUUGAACAAGGAGUUGGGCUUCAUUCUCACAUAUAAACUAAAGGGGGAGGAUUUGAUACGAGAAAGCGGUAUUCCAUAUGCAAUAAUUCGACCCUGUGCAUUGACUGAAGAGCCUGCUGGAGCUGAUCUCAUAUUUGACCAGGGAGACAAUAUAACGGGGAAAAUUUCAAGGGAAGAAGUAGCACGAAUAUGCAUUGCUGCUCUGGAGAGCCCACAUGCAUGUGGGAAGACUUUUGAGGUCAAAAGUACUGUACCAUUUAGUGAGCCAUACACAGUGGACCCUUCAAACCCUCCCCCUGAGAGGGAUUAUGAUGUGUACUUCAAAACUUUGAAGGAUGGAAUUACAGGGAAAGAAGCAUUGGAAGGGAGCUUGGUGCCAAUUUGAGAAUUAUGCACAACUUUGGUUGAUGGUUGUGAGAUAAUCCUGCUGCUUGUGCAGCUCUCUCAAAUGUAAGCGACCGUCAACCCUUAAAUUUUUCCAAAACUUUAAUUGUAAUUUUCUUGAAGUGCUGUGGUAUGUUUUGAGUCAUCGUGUAUAUAGGCAGGUCUUUAGCCCGGAUGAAUCUGAAUAUUCUUCCUUGCCUAGAUGGUUCACUCUUGAUCAGCCUUCUUCCACUUCAGUAGCAGAAUUCUCUAUCAUUUGCUCUGUGCUUGGUUGGCCAGGAGUGCAAUCUGUGCAUGUAUGUUACUUUUAGUCGUGGAAUUACAUGACCAGUAAUACUUGAUGGUACAAAUUCUGGAUAUAGAUGCUUUUUUCAGGUAUUGAACCCAGAAUAUCUCUGAAGGAAUAUGACAAAAAUUUUGUUUCUAUUUU